AUGAUGACGAUCAUAGAACUACUGAUAUUCACAAUCAUAUUCAUGCAAGUAUGGAAUGCUUGUGAUGCAUUUGGUUGCUGUCCCAUAAUGGUACCUUGCGUACCAAUUAAAUGCAGGCCAUGCAUACCAUUUCCAUGUCCACCACCUCCUCCUCCUCCUCUAACCUAUUCACCUCCACCUCCACCUUGCCCUCCACCACCAAUAUGUCCACAACCUCCUCCUCCAGUAAUCUGUCCACCUCUACCUCCCCCUUGUCCCCCACCAGUAAUAUGUCCACCACCUCCCCCUCCAAUAAUCUGUCCACCUCUACCGCCUUGUCCUCCACCGCCAAUUUGUCCACGACCAAUAAUUUGUCCACCAACAUUACCACCUCUACCACCUCCAACACCCCCACCAUACCAAACCCCACAUCCAAUACCUAUUUAUCCUGUUCCGGCCCCGAGGGCGACAUAUACAACACCAGCGAUUAAUGAUUGCUGUUGCACGUGCGUCAUACCUUGCACACCUUCACAAAUGAGAGUGCACGGUGCCAAAAUAUUUUCAACUUCACUUGUUACUGAUGUGGAAUAUGACUCGAAAUGCAAUAAUCCUGUUUUGAAAUCAAUUAUGGAAGAGAACAUAAUGGAUGAUAUAACCAUUUCCAAACGUGAUAUUCAACGGGUAGCUGAGGAAAAACUAUUUAAAAAAUUCAAUGUAAUCUGUUCGGAAAAUGAUUUCGCCUAUAUUGCAUACACUGAUACUUUUUGCCAACAUUCGAAAAAUGACAUAUCCUGUUAUGCUUUCAGUCCACUUCCGGAAUUUUAA